AUGACUGUCAUCUCGACCUCCAAGAAGCCCAUCUUCUGCGCGACCCAUCCCCGGGCAUGCUCAACCGCCUUUGAGAGGGUUUUCAUGACCCGCAGGGAUGUGCUGAGCUGCGUUCAUGAGCCUUUUGGCGAUGCGUUCUACUACGGGCCUGAACGCCUCGGCGUCCGUUAUGCCGACGACGCUGAGGCCAGGGAGUCGUCUGGCUUUGCCAACACAACGUAUGCCGAUGUCCUACAGACCAUUGAGGAGUCUAGCGAGGGUGGCGCGAAGCGUAUCUUCAUCAAGGAUAUCAUUCACUACCUCUUCCCCCCCUCUGGCGCCCCCGCUUCCAUCGCACCCUCUCUGGGCGGCGAGAAGUCCACAGAGCCUAACAACCCUACCGUCAUCCCCGUUGACAUCCUCCGCAAGUUCCAAUUCACCUUCCUCAUCCGUCAUCCUCGCCGCUCCAUUCCCUCCUACUUCCGCUGUACUGUGCCGCCUCUGGACAAGGUGACGGGUUUCUACAACUUCGAUCCGGCUGAGGCAGGCUACGACGAGGUGCGCCGCUUCUUCGACUUCCUCUUGAAGGAGGGACUCAUCGACCGCUCCAACCUGACCGUUGUCGAUGCCGAUGACCUCCUCGACGACCCCGAGGGCAUCCUGCGCGCGUAUUGCAAGCGGGUUGGCCUUGACUUCCACGACGGCAUGUUGAACUGGAGCGACGAGGACACUGCCUUCGCCCAGGACAAGUUUGCCAAGUGGGUCGGCUUCCACGACGAUGCCCUGUCGAGCUGCAACCUGAGGGCACGCGACCCCAAGCAUAAGAAGGUUUUUACUCGUGAGUCUGAGGAUCGCGAGUGGAACGAGAAGUAUGGCGAGAAGGGGGCCAAGUUGAUUCGCCAGACGGUGGAGGAUAAUUUGGCUGAUUACGAGUACCUCAAGAAGUUUGCCUUGUCGGUGUAA